AUUUUUCGAAGUCUCACUGUCUCAGAACGCUUGACGAUUUUGGUGCCACUUGUUGCGCGUUAUCUUCUAGUUUUUGAUUUUCUUUUCGAUAAAUUUUAAUAAUUACGAUCAACCGAAUUUAAUUAUUUAUCGUAUACAAUUUUCAUUUCAUUGUUGAUUAAAAUUGGCAUCUCAUGUUCAAAUGAAGUGAACGUUUACGCGAGUGAUUCUAACAUGAUUUUAAUUUAAUUCAGUGUACAGUGUACAUAAUUAUUAUACAGUAAGCAUAUCGCUCUAGUUUUAAAUUUCGACGCGUUUAUCAUGGAAAGCAUGAUGAAUCCAAUUCUGGAAGCCAGUUUCCACACCACUUCGAAGAAUAACGCAUCGUAUAAAGUAUUAAUCAAUGAAAAAUAUUUGUGCAUCGUAAAAACUAACGGAGCAGGAAUGAAAAGCAAAGUAAUCUUGAUGGACGACGUUAUUGGAAGCAGAUGUACCAGAAGGAGAAGACGGAUAAACGAAAAAUGCGAAUGUCAUCCUAAUAGCGCAAACGUUUUCACAUUUCUGGAUCAUAAUGGUGUCGAUACGACCGAUGUCAGCGCUUAUUUGCAUAUUUACACGUAUACGUUGAAAGACUUCAAAAUCACCUCCGGUCGAAAACGCGAACGUUUCGAAAUAACUUUACGAUUUCGCUUGUAUACGCAGUACGAAGAUAAUUUGAAAGAAGCUUUCAAAUGGAAAAAAAUCGUCAAGCAGUUGAUCUCCAAAGCGCAAUCACAUUCGCUGCUGAGUGGAUGUUUGAAAAAUAUACCCGGUGAUAAUAAUAAACAGUCGAGAGAUGGCAAAAUAUUACUGAUAGUGAACCCGAAAAGCGGCCCGGGAAAAGCCAGAGAGAUAUUUCAAGAACAAGUUCUGCCUGUUCUAAUCGAAGCUGAAGUGGAAUACGAUCUUCAUGUGACCAAGGCGCAGAACGAUGCUAGGAACUUGAUGAAAACCAGCAAUGUGCUGAAGUGGAGAAGAGGAAUCGUGGUGAUCGGCGGCGAUGGCGUUUUAUACGAAGUAAUGAACGGAAUUAUGGAGCGUCCAGAUUGGAAGAAUAUCAUCAACACCAUUCCGUUCGGUAUCAUUCCUGGUGGCUCGGGCAAUGGUUUAGCCAAAUCUUUAGCAGCUUGCACGCGCGAACCUUACGAUAGUAAUCCAGUGCUCAUUUCCGUUUUGAAUAUUCUCAAGGGUACUCCAGUUCCUAUUGAUUUGGUGCGAAUUGAAACACAAACUGAGGUAGCGUUUUCAUUCCUAUCGUUUGGUUGGGGCUUGCUGGCUGAUAUUGAUAUAGAAAGCGAACGACUUCGUAUGAUAGGAAGCCCACGUUUCACCAUUUGGAGUAUGGCGCGAUUAAUUGGAUUGAGGACAUACUCGGGUCGCUUAUCAUUUUUGAGAAUUCCCGAAGAUAAAGUGAAGCUAGCGCUUUCCAGUCACAAAUACGUCGAAAUACAAGUUGAGGAUUACGACGUCGAUGAGAACAACGAUCCCAAGUCAGCCGGAAAUUUCGACUGCAACUCCAACUUGAGCUUCGAUAUGGAUUCCAUUAGUCUCGAUACGGGAUGUAACCAGGUUAUACUCUGCGAAAAUGUACGAGUUGUGAGGUCGGAAAGCUUCUACUCGUUAAAUUCGCAUAAAAGCGCUUAUUUAUCGGCUGAUAAAACCGCCAGUUAUCUUUCACUGCCCGAAGUCACCAAAACUACGAAGAAAAAUACGAUUUACGGCCCCGUGUCGCAUUUACCGACGUUGAAUAAACCAGUUCCAAAAUCGUGGGAAGUCUAUCAAGGAGAUUUUGUCAUGGUUCAUGCUUCCUAUCAGUCGCAUUUAGCUGGCGAUGUAUUUUUCGCUCCCUCCUGCAAACCUAAUGACGGGAUUAUUUGGCUGUUGGUAAUUAAGGCCGGUAUUAGCAGAGUUAAUUUGUUGCAGUUUUUGCUCGGAUUAUCAUCGGGAAAUCAUCUGAAAUUACCUCAAAUCGAAAUGAUACCUGUUUUCGCUUUUCGGCUCGAACCUCUAUGUAAAGGAAGUCAUAUCGUAGUCGAUGGAGAAAUAUUGGAACACAGUUCGGCAAUUCAGGCGGAGAUGUUUCCUGGAAUCAUUUCGAUGCUCAAUCGGUCUCAAACCGAAGUUUAGACUUGUAGCUACGAAGUACUGCGUAUUGCUUAUCGACUUAUCAAAUUCGAGCGUAUGACGCGUGAGCGUAAAACAAUACGCAGCUACUAGUUACGUGUACAUUGUACGUAAUAUGUAAUGAAUGAUGCUACGCAUUCGAUACGACUUUGUAAAAAUUUCUCAAACGUCAAACUGAUCCUAUGCAGUGCAGUGUGCUGCUCGAUAUAAUAUGUCUGAAAAUGAAACGUAAACGAAAAUGCAAAAAGGACUGCAUCUUGCAAAGUACAAAUACCACAGAGAUACCAAACAUUUUCAAUUUUUUUAUUACCGAAUUAUUGUUUUUGGUUGUUGUUGUUUUUGUUGUUAUUAUUAGUAGUAUUAUUAUUAUCUAACAUUUAUUGUUUUGGCUGUUGUUGAUUCGAAUAAGAUUGAAACUGAUAGAAUACGUACGAAAUAUGUUUUCGAGUUACCAUUCCAUACGCAAUUUAGGCAGACAAUUGACGCUGUUGUCGUACUAUAAGUACUAAAUACCUACCUACCUAUAAGUAUAUUUAAAACGUCAUCUAAUUCAUUGUUCAUUUAUUUUUAACGUUGAAAAAUCAUACGCAUCGAGUUACCUGUAACAAAUUUUUUUUGUUUUGUUUUUGUAACUUGAAUAAACGGAGUUAUUUACCUA